UAAACAACCCCAGGCAGGGGACGAUAGAACAUUAUAAACAAAAGGGUCAGAGUUAUUCUUACCCUGUUAGGCUGUAAAAGCCCUGUGACCUCUACAAUGGCAGACGUCCUGCAGCUCAGUACCAACAGUCUACAAGUGCCAGGUGAAGACAGAUCAGCCUCUACAUCUCCAUCUGGUUCUCCAUCUCCUUCCAGAAAUGAGUGCAGUAUCACUCCUCUUACUCCCUCUCCCUCUCCGAGGACAGAACUGAGGCCGCGUGUGGCUCGUCCAUUUUCUGUGGUGGUUGCUAUAGAUUUUGGCACCACCUCCAGCGGCUAUGCCUUCAGUUUCACAGAAGAUCCUGAGACCAUUCACAUGAUGAGACGGUGGGAGGGUGGCGAUCCUGGUGUAGCCAAUCAGAAGAGUCCAACCUGUCUGCUUCUGACCCCUGACCUCCGGUUCCACAGUUUUGGCUUUGCAGCUCGAGACUGCUACCAUGACCUUGACCCAGAGGAGGCCAGGCAUUGGCUCUACUUUGACAAAUUCAAAAUGAAAAUCCACAGCACCAGUGAUCUCACUAUGGAGACUGAACUGGAGUCAGUUAGUGGAAGAAGAGUACGGGCCAUUGAGGUGUUUGCUCAUGCCUUGAGGUUCUUCAGAGAACAUGCUUUAAAGGAGGUGAAGGACCAAUCCUCCUCUGUGCUGGAAAGUAAUGAAGUACGAUGGGUCAUCACUGUUCCUGCGGUGUGGCGGCAGCCAGCCAAGCAAUUCAUGCGAGAAGCUGCGUAUUUGGCAGGUUUGGUGACUCCAGACUCUCCUGAACAGCUCCUCAUAGCUCUUGAACCAGAGGCUGCAUCCAUCUACUGCAGGAAGCUCCGUCUACACCAGGUCAUUGACCUCAGCCAACGACCAGUAACCAAUGGUUUAGAUGUAGAUGGCUCCCGCCCUUUCGAUUCCAGUUUUAGGCAGGCCCGUGAGCAGCUCCGCAGAUCCAGACAUAGCCGAACUUUUCUGGUGGAGAGUGGUACUGGAGAAUUGUGGUCUGAGAUGCAGACAGGUGAUCGGUACAUUGUGGCAGACUGUGGUGGUGGGACGGUGGAUCUGACAGUGCAUCAGAUUGAGCAGCCACAGGGCACUCUGAAGGAGCUUUACAAAGCCUCAGGAGGUCCCUAUGGAGCAGUUGGUGUGGAUCUUGCCUUUGAGGCUAUGUUGUGCCAGAUCUUUGGGGCUGACUUCAUUGAGAGUUUUAAAGCAAAACGUCCAGCAGCUUGGGUGGACCUCACCAUUGCAUUUGAAGCCCGUAAGCGCACAGCGGCUCCUGGCCGGGCCAACUCAUUAAACAUCUUGCUGCCCUUCUCUUUCAUUGACUUCUACAAGCGACACCGGGGGCAGAGUGUGGAGACUGCCCUGCGCAAGAGCAAUAUGAAUUUUAUAAAGUGGUCAUCUCAAGGGAUGCUGAGAUUCUCUGCAGAGGCCAUGAAUGAGCUUUUUCAGCCAACCAUCAACAAUAUCAUAAGACAUAUUGAGAACCUGAUGCAGAAGGAAGAGGUAAAAGGUGUGCGUUUUCUCUUCUUGGUUGGAGGAUUCGCAGAGUCGCCCAUGCUUCAACGUGCAGCCCAGAACGCACUAGGGCGGAAUUGCCGUAUCAUAAUUCCACAUGACGUAGGUCUAACCAUCCUGAAGGGUGCAGUCCUGUUUGGACUAGACCCCACUGUUGUCCGUGUACGCCGUUGCCCAUUAACUUAUGGUGUUGGGGUUUUGAACCGCUAUGUGGAAGGCCGACACCCUCGUGACAAACUACUUCUCAAAGAUGGCCGAGAAUGGUGCACUGACAUCCUGGACCGCUUUGUUAGCGUUGAUCAGUCGGUGGCUUUGGGUGAGGUGGUGAGGCGGAGCUACACUCCAGCAAGAAUAGGACAAAGGAAGAUCAUAAUCAACAUCUACUGCUGCGACACUGAUGACAUAACCUACAUUACUGACCCCGGGGUGAGGAAGUGUGGUGCCAUCACGCUGGACCUGCUUGAGUCAGGGGCAGCGGCAGCUAAUGUUGGUGAAAACGAUAAAGGAUCCACAUUUGAACGCAGGGAGAUUCGCACUACCAUGCAGUUUGGAGACACCGAGAUCAAAGUCACAGCUGUUGAUGUGGCAACUGGUCGACUGGUGCGGGCAUCGAUUGACUUUCUGUCCAACUGAUCCUACUACACCGUUUCUGGAGAGAACUGGAAGUCGUAGAAUGCGAGGGACAUUUAACGACAGCUAAUCUCGUCAAAAAAUCUCAAAUAACAGCUUUGAGUUUCAACAUCUGGAUACAUAAGGAUUGCAGAUGUAAAAACUGGAGGGCUGAAUGAUAAACUGGAAUGUUAUUGGGAUUCCAUUUCAUCGUGCAAAGCACCAGCUAUUUGGACUCUCUCUAUAUUAAGUAUACUGUAAGCUUUGGAUUUGAAAGAUAUUCUAAUUAUGAGUAAUGAAAAUCUCAAUUAUGUCAAGAGCCCUAGACAAAAUUUAACUAGACCUAUAGUAAAAAGAACAGAAAACGCAUUUACAUUGUCAAACAAGCUUCCAUUUUUGGCAUAAUUUCUGUAAAAGGAUUUCCUGUUAAAAAAUAGGAAGUAGUUCCAAUUCUGUUAUUGCUGGUAGUGUUAACUAGCAUGUCACGCAUGCAGUAAACGAACAUAUAUAUUUUUUCAGGUUUGCAGAUACUUAGUAUUUAAAUUGAUUUAUCAAAUAAAGCCACUUAAUUAUUUUUGUAAACAUAUUCUAUAACUAAAUAUUAAUCAUUUUAAACUUGUAUCAAAACAGAUCUCAUGUUUAUAAAUGAUGGUUACACCACCUGGAGGUAAGAAGAGGAAGUAAUCAUUUUGAAUGAUGUUGAGGAGGUUGGUUAACAGAGAAAUGGUUUAAAUUAAUUUUCUGAUUUCCUAGGUACAAAACAGGUAGUUACAUUUUGAAAUGCGACUUGUAAAAAAAAUAAAUCCUGCCUGGAUGUAAUUAUAGUUUUACUUAUUUGCUCCAUGAAAAAUCUGGUUUGUUCUUCCAGCACAAUUUAAUUAGCUAAAGCCAAUGAAACACUACCUCUCAAGACUUUAAAUUAUUCCAGGUCUAAACUUUUAAGGUCUGUUUGUUUUUUUUGUUUUUUUGGAUACAUGCCUGGUAUAAACUUUAAGUGAUAACAUUUAUCACACUAACACUUAUCAUUCUUUAAUCUGUUAUGUAAAAGUAAUAUUGGAUUUUCAUCUACCAGGAGGUAAGAAACCCACUUCAAAAGAUGUUAAAUUUCCUAUUAAAUAUGCUGGACAUCAGUUCGAAAUAAGGAAAUCAAGCUAGGGGUUAAAUCACUCAACACAAUGUUGGAAUAUAGUCCUAAAAUUUUAGUUCAAUACUAUGAAAUUGUUGGUAUACUAAUCACAAUGACUGAAAAUAAAGUUAUUUUUCUUUAAAAUGUU